AUGAUUGAAGUCAUAAACUAUAAGUGUGAUCUUGUGAACUACAGUUACGGGGAGGCGACGCACUGGUCAAACUCAGGGAGGAUCUGUGAGGUCAUCACGGAGGCUGUACAGAAGUAUAAUGUGUUGUUUGUGUCGAGCGCUGGGAAUAACGGCCCGUGUCUGUCCACCGUGGGCUGCCCCGGAGGAACCACCAGCAGUGUGAUCGGUGUGGGCGCUUACGUCACGCCGGACAUGAUGAUGGCCGAGUACUCUCUGAGAGAGAAGCUUCCUCCGAACCAGUACACGUGGUCGUCCCGCGGCCCCAGUACAGACGGGGCUCUGGGGGUCAGCAUCAGCGCCCCCGGCGGAGCCAUCGCCUCCGUGCCCAACUGGACGCUCCGCGGCACGCAGCUGAUGAACGGCACCUCCAUGUCCUCUCCGAACGCCUGCGGAGGAAUCGCUCUGCUGCUCUCAGGUCUGAAGCAGAAUGGCGUGCGGUACACGGUGCCGGCGGUGCGCAGGGCUCUGGAGAACACGGCUCUGAAAGUGGAGGAUAUAGAGGUGUUUGCACAGGGUCACGGCAUCAUUCAGGUGGAGCGGGCGUUCGACUACCUCAUGCAGCAUGCGUCGCUGCCCACCAGCAGCCUCGGCUUCACCGUGACCGUGGGAUCGCAGCGAGGCAUCUACCUCAGGGGCCCGACACAGGUCACCGGCCCGUCCGAUCACGGGGUCGGCAUCGAGCCUGUGUUUCCAGAGAACACAGAGAACUCGGCCCGUAUCUCGCUGCAGCUGCAUCUGGCUCUCGUCUGCAACGCUGCCUGGGUUCACUGUCCGUCGCACCUGGAGCUCAUGAAUCAGUGCCGGCACGUCAACGUUCGCAUCGACCCGCAGGGCCUGCGAGAGGGGCUGCACUACACCGAGGUGUGUGGAUACGACACAUCGGCUCUCAGCGCCGGUCCUCUCUUCAGAGUGCCUGUAACGGUUAUAAUCCCUGCGAGAGUAGCUGACAGUCGCAGUCAGGAGAUCACGUUCCCAGACCUCCACUUCAGGCCAGGACAGAUCCGGCGGCAUUUCAUUACCGUCCCUCGUGGAGCAUCAUGGGCAGAGAUCUCGUUAACGUCUCAUUCUGGAGACGUGUCGUCGAAGUUCGUCCUGCAUGCUGUUCAUCUGGUGAAGCAGCGAGCGUAUCGAGUCAAUGAGUUUUAUAAGUUCUCGUCUCUCCUGGAGAAGGGCUCGCUCACGGAGGCUUUUCCUGUGCUGCCAGGACGCACUCUGGAGCUCUGUGUUGCUCGCUGGUGGGCGAGUCUGGGUGACGUCACCGUUGAUUAUGUCAUUUCCUUCCAUGGGCUGGUGACGGCGCCUUCUCCUAUUCAUAUCCACGCCUCUGAAGGGAUUUCUAGUUUUCAGGUUUGUUCUCCGCUGAGAUAUGAAGACGUUUCCCCAACAAUCACACUGAAGAACUGGGUUCAGCCUCUCCGGCCUGUAAGUGCUAAAAUAAAACCCCUCGGCGCCAGAGAUGUGUUACCCAACAACAGACAGCUCUAUGAGAUCGUCCUCACUUAUAAUUUCCAUCAGCCCAAGAGUGGCGAGGUGACGCCUAGCUGUCCGCUGCUGUGUGAGUUAUUAUACGAGUCUGAGUUUGACAGUCAGCUCUGGCUCCUGUUUGACCAGAACAAGAGGCUCAUGGGAUCUGGAGACGCUUAUCCACACCAGUACUCUCUGAAGCUGGAGAAGGGCGACUACGCUGUGCGUCUGCAGGUGCGUCACGAGCAGCAGAGCGAGCUGGAGCGUCUGAAGGACCUGCCGUUCCUCGUGUCUCACCGGCUCUCCAACACGCUCUCGCUGGACGUCUACGAGACGCACCGCGCUGCCAUGCUGGCCAAGAAGAAGGCCAACUCCAUCACACUGAGCCCCGGCGCGUCGCAGCCCUUCUACAUCACAGCCCUGCCCGACGACAAGAUCCCUAAAGGUGCCGGACCCGGCGGCUACAUCACCGGCUCGCUGGUUCUGCCCAAGAGUGAGUUCGGCAAUCUCGUCUGUGCCGGACCCGGCGGCUACAUCACCGGCUCGCUGGUUCUGCCCAAGAGUGAGUUCGGCAAAAAAGCUUGUACAUGCUUCAGGAUCGUUGGUGUCGAGCGUGUCUGGUGUUGUUGCAGUGAUAUGGAGAAGCAGAAGGCGUCUCUGCUGGAUGCGCUCUGCAGGAAGGGCUGCGCUCUGGCGGAUCAGCUGAUGCAGACGUCUGCGCAGGAGGACUCCAGCGCAGCUGAAGUGAGCAGCUCUGAGGACGAGCCGCAGGCCAAAGCGCUGACAGACACCUUCUGGGAGCUGCAGAAGUGGACAGAGCUCACCGACUCUAAGGUUCUAGCAUUUUCCUACAAACACGCGCUGGCAAAUAAAAUGUACGCAAGGGCCUUGAAGUUCGCGACUAAGAUCGUCGAGGACAAACCCAGCAAAGAGAACUGGAAGAACUGCAUACAGCUGAUGCGCUCUCUAGGCUGGAUGCACCUCGUCUUGUACUCUGAGAACUGGCUGCCCAUCAUGUUCCCGUCUGACUACACGCCCUUCUAAAGUCAUUCGUUUUUAACCGAGGAUACUUUUAAUGCCUUCAGGAAGCAAACACUUCAUAUCACACGGUCCUUCACGGAUCCCACAAUGCCUUUCUGUGCGGAUCACAGCACUGAACCCACAGUUCUCAUGCUACAGCUUGAACCAUAUCGCUGUGUUUUACAUCAUACUCGCGUGACGCUCCAGCCUUCGUCUCCUUUUAAGGGGAACUUGUAUAAUAACUUGCUUUAUGUAGUUACUGGGCAUUUGCACAGUGGACAUUUUUCCCCUUUUAACAACAAUAACAGCGUAAAGGUCAGGUGAGCUUCUGAACACAGAAAACGUCAAGGCAAUAUGAUGGACCGCGACUAAAAUCAAGGAAAACUAACUUCAUUACUGCAUUUUGUUUUUAAAUUUUGGGGUAAAUUUUUUUUUUUUAUAUAUAUAUAUAUAUAUAUGAUUGACCCUUAUGUAAAUCAAAUGCAUGCAUGUUCCAUAAAGACUCAAGUGUCAUUUCAUGUUCAAAAGUCUGAGCUUUUGUGUGAUUUGAAGUCCAAGUUUUCUCAUGUUCUGAGCCUGGACUCGAAGAUUUCCUUCUGAAUUUGUCGUUUGAGUGUGUAAGUGAAGCAGAGAUUGUCACGCUUUCUUUUAGCAUUUAAAUGUGCGCGCUCAUGUUGUGUGUCUCGAGUGAUUCUUCAGGGUUUAGAUGUUGAAAACGGAUCAUCUCUGCAUAUGCAAAUAAUGAUUUUCUUCCUUAGUAUUUUUGUCUUGUUUUCUUGUAUAAAUAUCUACAAAUUCUGGAAUUAAGAUGCAUUUACUUCACAAGUAAAAUUACUUAAGAUAUUAAGUCUGGUUUUCUGAAAAUAUUACUCAAAUCUUGUUAGUUUUUGCUUAAAACGAGCAAAAAUAUCAGCCAGUGGGGUAGGAAAAAU